UUUGGGGAAUGAGGGUGUGGUGAGAAUGAAAAGGUCUCAAUCUGCAGCACUUUCUUCAUAAAACAAUAACCGCUGAGCAACUGCUGUGCAAAAGAUGGAACCUUCUACAAAAACCCUGGCAGAGGGCUGUUUUGGGAAAGUGUAUAAGCAAAAGUACAAAGACAAAUGGACCGCGCUGAAGAAAGUGCCUGUGUACGUCAUCACUAUGGAACAGCUCACCAGAGAGUGCCGAGUUUAUGAGAAAGCACAACACAACAACGUUGUGAGGCUCCUCGGGAUGCCGUGGCUGGAAGACAACAAGUGGCACAUUCCCCUGGAGUUCGUCUUCGGAGAGGAUCUUGAGACGGCCAUAUUUAACGUUCGGAAAUCGAAAAUACAGCUGACCUCGUUGGUGAAGGCCACCAUCAUCACGGGCAUGUGUGAAGGAUUGAACUUCCUGCACAGCAAAGACAUCGUCCACCAGGACCUCAAACCAGACAACAUCAUGAUUGAGCACGGAUCUAAUCGUGCUGUGAUCAUUGACAUGGGCCUGGCAAAAUUCUUCAGAAACGGCUUAAGCUCUGCCGGAAACAUGGGCAACACGGCCUACUCUGCUCCUGAGAUCUGGCAAGGAAACGUUCGAGACAAGCAUUCAGACGUGUGGGCCAUGGGCAAAAUCAUUGCCGAACUCUGCCAUAGGGUCAGGCUUCCAACCCAUAGUGUGACUCCGACCAAGGUUAAAGAGUCUCUGAAAGACAAUCCAUACUGUAGCGUUGUGUCCAGGAUGGUGAUGACACGUGCAGUAGAGAGAGCCUCCAUGGCUGAAGUGAUUGGCGAGAUCCGGCAAAUUGAGGCAGGACCAGGAAGACAAAACGCAGGUUUGAUGGGUGCCUGUGGACCAGGAAGACAAAACGCAGGUUUGAGGGGUGCCUGUGGACCAGGAGCUGCUGAUCUUGGAUUGGGGAGAAAAUUGGGCCCGUUCAACCCUAACCCAACACACCAUGAAACACCUGCUAAACACAUCCAGCAAAACCCAUUUCCACGACAGAAAGCCACCAUGGCUGAAGUGAUUGGCAAGACCCGGCAAAUCGAGGCAGGAGCAGGAAGACAAAACGCAGGUUUGAGGGGUGCUUGGGGACCAGGAGCUGCUGAUCUUGGAUUCAGGAGAAAAUGGGACCUGCUCGACCCUUUCCCAACACACCAUGAAACACCUGCUAAACACAUCAACCAGAGCCCAUUACCACGACGUUCACCUUUUGCUCCUGAGAACAUGUUCUCACCGAUGCCUUUUCCGUCCCCUUUACCAUCAGAGGGAACGGCUAAUCGUCACGAGGUACAGUUCAAACAAAUAGUCACGAGGAACGGCAAGGUUGUUAAGUACGAAGAUGUGAAAUUUACCAAGUGAACUACACAGGACGUUGUCUAGAAAUGAUUUAAUACAUUUUCCAAUACGCUGGGUGGUGACUGUUUUUACAAUCGUUUUAAAAGCGUUUACGUGUUAUAUAUGUCAUAAAAUAAUAUCCACUAGUAAAUGUUGGGUAAAUAUGGGGGAAAUAUUGCUUCUGAAAACUACAGUAAAUAAUAAUAAAUAAAUAAAACCUCUGUGUAAAACUGGAAGCGUCAUAAAUAUGUUAGAUUCUAAAAUCACUGGACAGAAAUGAGAAUAAAUUCCACUAUACUGUGGUGUACAUAUGUGCUGAAUAUAUUAUGUAAACUAUUCAAGGUGUGUUCAUUUUCUUCUCGUCCUGUGUAAUACAUACUUUCGCACGACGGCCUACUGUGUGUGUCAGUGGCGGUUGUUUCUCGUCCUCGUGGCCACGACAAUGGCCAGGUCGAACGCUAUUUAUGAGAAGUGCUAUACAGAACAAUGUCAUGGAAUCAGUGAACCCGCGUGAAAUACCAGUGCAAGUCGUGUUCAGGGGCAAAUAAACUGCAACCGCAGUGAGUAAGAAACGGUUCAGUAAAUGAAAGAGGCUUAUCUGGUAGGAGGCGGUAUAUAGAGUUUAAUCUGAAAUUUGUGCUGCUUUUCAUUAGAAUUCUAUAAACAGUUCUGCACUACUGGCAUCAAUGAUCACUCAAGGUCGUGCUGCGCAAUAAUUUAACUCUCGUCCAUUAAGAGUCCACAGUGGAAAGGAAUCCAGGAAGAACUGAUUGAAAUCCGUACACAACAGUGCUGUUCUGAUUGGUCAGAAGGUGUUGAAUAAAGCAGUUCUGACAGUAGUGCAGCUGCGAGUCAAAAGUUCAUAUCAAUGCUCCUGGCCUCAGGACGGAGGAGUUCAUGCUUCGUGGAUGACAAGUUGUGGGUUGUUGGGUUUUUGUUUUUUUUUAAUCUUAUUACCAGAGAGAGAAAAAAAGAGAUGCUGGUGAGGGAACGACUGUUUAUAGCUGCUAUGACAUAAUUGAGAACAGGAAGUAACUUGACGUUACAUGUUACGAUUAUUGGACUAAAAGGUAUAGUAAUAAUUUAGAUUGUAAUCGUUGGCAAAUUGCUGGGGUAUAAGAGGAAUAAAACACUUCAGCAAGUCCUCAAAGUCGAUAGAGAGGACCCAAUGAGACAAAAAUAUUACACUUGGUCACUUGUUUAUUGAGGAAAAUGAUUCGAUAUUACAUGUCUGUGAUGGCGAGUCGUCCUGGCCCAGACGCAGCAAAACAGACUCAAACCAUGACACUACCACCGCCGUGUUUCACAGAUAGUAUGAAGGUUCUUAUGCUGGAAUGCAGUGUUUUCUUUUCUCCAAAUAUAACGCUUGUUAUUUAAACCAAAAAAGCAGUAUUUUGGUCUCAUCCGUCCAGAAAAACAUUUAUACAAUAGCC